AUGGCGCCCACACCAGCCCGGCCCCGGCACAGGCCUAGGCGGGGCCGGGGCCCCGCCCCCGGCCGGGUCUCGGGGUUGCCUGGCAACCGAUGCGGGCGCCGCCGGCGGGCUCAGCGCUCGCUGGAGCGAACCGAGCGCGGCCGCUCCCGCCCCCCGCUCCCGCCGCCUCGCGUCUCGCCCGCCGCCUCCGCCCUUGACGCUGCCCGCGUCGCGGAAUCCCUGCCCGUGGCGCCGCGUACACCUCCCCGCCGCCCGCCCCGCCUCCGCGGCCGCCUGCCUCGAAGCCCGGCUCCGCCGCCAGCUGGGCGCCCCGACCCGAGCGUCACCCCCAGGCGGCCGGACGCCCCCUCGCCGGCCAUGAGCACCUACACCUACACCAGCCGGCCGCGGCCCCCGCCCUGCCAGCGCCGCCGCUACCGGGACGACCUGCUGCCGCUGCCUGAAGAACCCAUACGGUACGGAAACAUAAUGUACGACCGGAGGGUGAUCCGAGGGAACACGUACGCGCUGCAGGUGGCACAGCCGUCUGGGCGGCCUGACCCUGUAGAGGCUCAGAAACAGCAUCAGGCUAAGAGGAAGACUCUUGCCAAAAAACGAGCCCGAGACCAGCUGAGACCGCGAACGCCGGAGCCCGUGGACGGCAGGAAGCAUGUGGACGUGCAAACAGAAUUAUACCUCGAAGAAAUUGCUGACCGCAUAAUAGAAGUUGAUAUGGAAUGCCAAACAGAUGCAUUUUUGGACAGACCACCCACACCACUCUUUAUUCCUGCCAAAACUGGCAUGGAUGUGGCCACCCAAAUACUAGAAGGAGAGCUCUUUGACUUUGAUCUUGAAGUUAAGCCAAUGUUAGAAGUUUUGGUGGGAAAGACCAUUGAGCAGGCUCUUCUGGAAGUGAUGGAGGAGGAGGAGCUGGCCAAGCUGCAGGCGCGGCAGUACAACUACGAGGAGCUGCGCAACGUCGAACUGGCCGAAGUUCAGCGACUCGAAGAGCAGGAGCGACGGCACCGGGAGGAAAAAGAGCGGCGCAAGCAGCAGCAGUGGGAGAUGGUGAACAAGAACAGCGAGACAGCGCAGAAGAUCGCAGCACACGCCUUUGCGCAGCGCUACCUGGCGGACCUGUUCCCCUCCGUCUUCGACAGUCUCCGGGAGGGGGGCUACUUCUACGAUCCCAUCGAAAGAGACAUCGAGAUAGGCUUCCUCCCGUGGCUGAUGAACGAAGUGGACAAGGCCAUGGAGUACAGUAUGGUGGGCAGGACCGUGCUGGACAUGUUGAUUCGUGAGGUGGUGGAGAAGAGACUGACGAUGUACGAGUGGAAGGAGGGCCAGGGCCCACCCGCGAAGCCCGAGGGCAGGUUCAGCGAGGCCGAGGCCAGCGGAGACGCGUGGAGGGAGGACGAGUUCCCGCCACAGGCACAGAGGCUGCUGGAGGAAAGAGACUCCCUGGUGCAGGCGCCUUUCGAGGAAAGGUUUUUGGAGAACAUGGCAUCCCCCGAGGGGAGGUUCAUGGAAGAAGAGGAAGAGCAAAGACAGACAGAAAAUCCCUAGGGAGGGACUUCUGUCCGUGGAGGGCGCUCUGGACCCACAGACGGUCGGCUUGACCAGCGGUCAGGUGAUGAUGCGUGAGGCCCCUCAGGAGGUGGAAAUUAUGUUGUAUUUAGUCAACAGGUCUUUUUGUCUAAUGGACCAGGUGAGUCAAAUGUGCUGAAAUA